AUGAGGCCCGCGAAUGAGCACGCAUCUGUUCAGUCAGUACAGUGCGGCAAAACUGUGGCGCUGGACGCACGUCGCGAACAGAUUUUGGCCGCAUCUGCCGCUCGAGCAGUUCACCAGCUUGUCUACGGGGGCCAUCGUGCCCAAUUUUUCCGCCGACAUUCUCCGUGGGGGCGACGAGCUCAGGUAUAUUGGCGUCAAGAUGAGCUCUAUGGAGGACACGACUGGCCGGGGUCGGAGAACAAGCUGGCGCCUUUGAGUGCCGACGACGUGAAUCUCUCUCGGCUUGAAACUCUCGUCUUUGAGACGCGCGUUAUUUCUGCGUUCACCUGUCUCUUCCGCGUGCUCCGCGCACCAUCCUUGUCGCGAAUGGACUUGCAAGGAUGGGGUGAUAAGUAUCGCGUAUAUGGAAGUGUAUCAGGCGUCAUUUUCCCGAGCGUUGUGGCAAUAUCUGUAACGCGUAUCGAGCAUCUCGCGGACGAGAACACUGUUGAAGCAUCCAUCUGUUGUAACCGUCAUCGAUAG